GUCGUUACCAGCUUUAUGGAUUAUGAAAGAUUAUAGUGUAUAUAUAACAUAUAUAUUUUAUUUAGCAUAGUUUAUCUUAGUAAACAUUACAUAACCUUUUUCUUCUUCUUCUUUACCUUUCUUUUUUACUCUGUUUCUAAUCAAUUAUAAACAUACACAAUUUGUAUAUAUAUUUAGAUAUAACUGUUGAUAAAAUUAUACAAUAUAGUAUUAAAUCCUUUAUGUCGUUUGCCUCUUGCUUUUGGGCAUUAUUAUCCCUUGAAAAAUUUAAAUUCAUCUAUUUACCCAAAUAUAUAGACGAAAUUGAGAUCAGCUUUGGAAUAACAAUCGGUGACAUUUUAAGAUCUCGAUCAUUAUUAGACUUUAUUCACCCUGAUGAAUUGUCAUUAGCUGCUACAGAUCUAUUGAAUUUUGUUCAAACUACAACUUUAGCAGGCGCAAUCACUAGAUGCCGUUUGCGUAGCAUUAAAUCUUUAGCUUAUGAAAAAUUAAAAGAUGAUAAUGAAGGCAUGGAUAAUAAUAAUGAAUCAACUAAUUGGGUUAUAGCUGACGUAGUUACAUACACAGCAACAGAUAAAGUUAUUCUAGCUUUCUUUCAUACAGAUAUGUCAGACCAAAACAUUGCUUGCUGUGGAAGUGAACGAAUAAGUACAAAUGCUAUUUAUGAAAUUUUGAAUAUUUUACAACAAUAUCAUUCAUUACAGCCUAUCACAAGAUAUACAACAUUUAGACUAUUUCAAAUUUAUGACACUAAAGAAAAGCAAUUGUUAAUAUCAUGGCCAUCCUAUUUUAAUAAAGAUAAAAAUCCUUAUCACAAUAGUAAUACUGUUAUACAAAAUUUUGACAGACUGCCAUUACUAUAUAACAACAAUAUCAACCAACAAUCAUAUCGCAUACAACAAGAAGAAAUAAAAUUUUUACUGGAUCUUACAAACACAUUUACAUUACAAGAAAUUGAAAGAAAAAUAGCUUAUACAACAAACUUCUCUACCUCUCUAACAGGAGUAACAGCUUAUGCAACGUGUACUCAUCAUACUCAUUCAACUUCUACUGUCAUGACAGAGCCAUUUGGCUUAUGUGAAGUAGAAAGAAUUAUAAUUAUUUACGGGAGUCUUACUUUUAGUUUAUUUCAGAUAACUUCCCUUGAUACCAACAAAAAUCAUCCAUUGUCAUUUCCAUCUUUAGUUACCAUGAAAACAAAUCAUCGUCAAGAACAACAUUCAAAAGCUUAUCGUAUAUCCAAAAUUAAUGAGAUUCUUAAUAAUGAUAAUAUCAAAUUACCAUUACCAACAGUAUCUGCACAAUUAUUAGCUAAUCAUAACUUAACCACAACAACAACAAUAGCAACAAAUACCAAGGAGCACACGACAGGAUCUGAAACCAAUAAUCGAAGCUCCUUAUUAAAAACCUGGAGGAACCGAUUUGGUAUUCAAGAAAAGAAGUGUGAAAACUGUCAGACAAGUACAAGUCCUGAAUGGAGAAGAGGUCCAAAUGGUCAUAAAAGGUAAGUUAUGAUAAUUAAUUUUUUCUUUUUCUUUUUUUUUUUU